AAAAAAUCCCCAAACUUUUUAUUUAAUUUUGCGGGUGAACAACAAAUCUCCAACUCCUCUUUGUUUACUCCGCCACUUUUGCUGUCUCCUUCCCUUUUAAUUCUCCCUCAACCCCCCUCUACUCUCUUCUUGCUGUUUCCCCCAUUUCCUCUCUUAGCAUUGUUGCAUCAUAAAUCCCCAUAAUUCCUGCAUUAUUUCCAAACCCAUCAUGUCUUCAGCUAUGGCUGUCCCCAAAAUCUUCCACUCCAUUAAUUAUAGUUGUAAUCGAUCCAAAGAAAAACCCCUUUUCGAUCCUGUUAAAGCUGUAACGCAAACAUCUUUUCUUGGAUCUGUCAAUAAACUUCGCAUUUCUUCAAAUGUACCCUUUUCUUCUGCUUCUGUUUCGAGUUCUGUUGUUGCUGUUUCUGAGGUUGUCAAGGAGAGGAAGCCCAAAUCUGCUGUUUCUGCUUCAAAUCUGUUGAUCACUAAAGAGGAAGGUCUUGUGCUAUAUGAGGACAUGAUUUUGGGUAGAGUGUUUGAGGAUAUGUGUGCCCAGAUGUAUUACAGGGGGAAAAUGUUUGGAUUUGUCCAUUUAUACAAUGGGCAAGAGGCAAUUUCAACUGGAUUUAUCAAGUUAUUAACACAGAAAGACUCUGUUGUUAGUACUUACCGCGAUCACGUUCAUGCCCUUAGCAAGGGCGUCCCUGCUCGUAAUGUGAUGAGCGAGCUUUUUGGGAAAGCAACUGGUUGUUGCAGAGGGCAAGGAGGGUCUAUGCACAUGUUCUCCAAGGAACAUAACGUUCUUGGUGGUUUCGCCUUCAUUGGGGAAGGUAUUCCUGUUGCCACGGGAGCUGCAUUUACAAGCAAGUAUAAGAGAGAGGUGUUGAAGGAGAAUUGUGACGAUGUGACAGUGGCGUUCUUUGGAGAUGGGACUUGUAACAAUGGGCAGUUCUUUGAGUGUUUGAACAUGGCUGCAUUAUGGAAGCUUCCUAUUAUUUUCGUAGUGGAGAACAAUUUGUGGGCGAUUGGAAUGUCCCAUGUAAGGGCAACUUCUGAUCCUGCGAUUUGGAAGAAGGGCCCCGCUUUUGGUAUGCCUGGAGUUCAUGUGGAUGGUAUGGAUGUUUUGAAGGUGAGGGAAGUGGCAAAGGAGGCUGUUGAUAGGGCUAGGAGAGGAGAAGGUCCUACCUUGGUGGAAUGUGAAACUUACAGGUUUAGAGGACACUCAUUGGCUGACCCUGACGAGCUCCGUGACCCUGCUGAGAAAGCUCGCUACAGUACUAGAGAUCCAAUAGCAGCUUUGAAAAAGUACUUAACUGAGAACAAGUUGGCUAACGAAGCUGACCUGAAAGCCAUUGAGAAGAAGAUAGACGAACUAGUCGAGGAAGCUGUUGAGUUUGCAGAUGAAAGCCCAGCUCCACACCGAAGCCAACUUCUCGAGAAUGUGUUUGCCGAUCCAAAGGGUUUUGGAAUCGGACCUGAUGGUAAAUACAGAUGUGAAGAUCCAAAGUUCACAGAGGGCACUGCCCAAGUCUAACAUGGUUUCAGUAUUUUUUUUAUAAUCUUUCUCCUCUCUUUUAACUCACCUACUUCUUCAUUUUACACCUUGUUGCUUUAUUAGAUUUCACAUUCUGUAUUACUGUUGAAUAGAGUGUUUAUCUGGGUUUGUUUUGAGCUGUAGCUGUGCAGCCAUUCGUCUUUUCUGUCUUAUGUGCCGUAAUAUUUAUCGAUCAAGUUGUGUAUUCAGAUAUAAUUUAUGUUAUGUUAUUAUUCUUAUCGAUCAA